UUCAAAUACAGAGAAAACUCUGGUGGAAGUAUUGUAAAUUUUUAAUAAGUAUUUUAUAUAAAAAUUUUCAAAACAAAAAUGACAUUUUGAUUAAAUAUAAACUUCGAUUGAAGACUGUCAUAGAUAUUUUUUAAUACGCUUACAGCCGUACCCGUGCACUCAGUCAAAAUGCCAAGGAAGCUGUUAAAGUUCCUUAUAGUGUUUGAUAACACAUCAUUGCUCUACUUCCCUGGACAGUUCUUAUCUGGCAAAGUGUUAAUGGAGCUUCAAGAUGAUACUCCAGUCCUGGGUCUACAUUUUCAUGUGAUCGGUGAAGGAGUAGUUAGAGUGGGCUCUGGCCGCCAUGAGAGGCUCUUUGACAAGGAAAACUACAUUGAUUUUAGAAUGCGUCUCUUGGGUGAACCUGGUAAUGGGCCGUCUAUCUUGUCUCCUGGAAUACACAGUUUCCCAUUUAAAUUGGGCCUACCCAUGGGACUGCCUUCAACAUUCCUUGGGACACAUGGCUGGGUGCAGUACUACUGUAAAGCUGCACUAAGAGAACCUAAUGGCCUGACUCAUAAAAACCAACAAGUUUUUAUUGUGAUGAACCCAAUUGAUUUAAAUUUGGAACCUCCAGUUUUAGCGCAAGAGUUCGAGCUGAGCGUGGAGCACAAGCUGGGCGUGGGCUGCGUGGGCGGCGGCUCGGUGAGCUGCCGCGUGUCGCUGGACCGCGGCGCCUACGUGCCGGGCCAGAGCAUCGCGCUGUCGGCGCUCGUGGACAACCGCUCGCGCACCGCCAUCCGCGCCACGCGCGCCGCGCUCACCGAGACCAUCCAGUACGUGUCGCACGGCAAGGUGGCGGCGCGCGAGAGCCGCGAGCUGGCGCGCCUGAGCCGCGGCAAGCUGCGCGCCGGCCACGAGCAGCGCUGGCGCCAGGAGCUGCUCUACGUGCCGCCGCUGCCGCCCACCAACCUGCGCGGCUGCCAUCUCAUCUCCGUGCAGUACGACGUCUUCUUCAUAAUCGAGCCGAAGAGCCUGGAGAAGGAGGUUAAGCUGCAGCUGCCGAUCCUGCUGGGCACGUACCCGUUCCGCGACGAGCAGGACGAGCCGCGCCCGCCCACGCACUACCCCACCACGCUGCCCGUGUUCCGGCCCUGGCUGGCCGACAAGCAGGCUAACUGAGCUCCGCGGGGCGCGUUCAUUGUUGUAGAGCAGCAAAUGUCUGGGAACUUCUUAGUUUUCAUAAAAUAGUUGAAAUAGUAAAACUUAGACAAAAACGUUGAUCCAAAAUACGUGUGACGACAUAAAUAUUCUUCUCUAGAAGCCAUAAUGUAUGUUAAUACUAGAAUUUCUGCCCAAGUAAACCGAGCUGCCAGUUGUUUUUUACUUUUUCUGUAGACAGACGUGAGGUCGGCGUUAACAGUAUUUAAUGCAGAUCUUGAAUGUAAGAAAAGAUAGAGAUGCAUUUAUUUUUGCAAUUAUUUUUUUUUAUAAUUAUUCAAAAUAAGAAAGAAACCUUUCACUUAAUUAGGACAUUAAGGGAUAUUUUUAUGCAUUUUUAGUGCGAAAACAUUUUAUAAAAGUUAUAUAAAUUGUAUGUUAUAUAAGAUGGUGCUUUUUGCAAAUAAAAAUAUUUUUAUAUGUUUAAUUUUUGGAAUAUUUUUACAAUGUAAGCUAAGUUUAUAAAUCCACUUGUCGGUAUAAUUUUAAUAUACUGGAGUAUUUUUAAAUACAGUUAAAGUAGUAUGUCCGAUCUGUUGGGCUUUUUGUCGUACACAAACUUACCUGAGGUAAUGCAAUUACCAUAAAAGUUAUAUGUAACAUACAACGUAAUAAAUUAAAACGUUUUUAAGACAUUAAGAACUUACAUCUGGCUUGCCUAAAACUAUACCUAUAAAUGGAUGCCAAAUCCAACUUUUGUAUUUUAGUCUGGAAACACUAAUUAAGUAAAAAAAAAACAAAUACAUUUUCUUUCUUUCUCAUAAUACGCAAAUGCCCUUUAAAAGUAACCAGACUUAUGAGACUACAACUUUUAUUUGUGUUCAAACCGACAUAUCAAUGACGUCAUAUAAUCUCAUAUUUAACAUUUUAAACUUACUAGUGCCAUUACAUUUACCUUUGUGUUAACAAUUAAAAAGCAACAUUUAAAAUGACCACGUGAUUUACACUUUUUAUAAGAAAAUUAAUAAAUAUUGCAUAUUGCAAGUACAUAACAUGGCAAUGUAUAUAACUAACCUGUGAUAUACCGGUCCGUCCAUUUGUUAUAUAAUUAUUACUAUGUAAUAAAAGUAUUUAAGGACAUUAUAAUCGAGGUAUUAUUAAAAUAAACGUAUUACUC